AUGGCUGCUUCGUUUAUUUGCCGUCGAUACGUCUUGGACGAUAAUGGUGAGUGAAUUAACAAGAGAAAAUAUGUAUAUGGUAUAUCAUUUUGGGCGCUACGACUUUUGGGUCAGCGACGGUUCGCGUCCAUACAUAACACCUAUUUUUGGGCAUUUUAUAUGUACUCACAUCAAUAAUAUCUAGAUAAAAGUAAUGGAUCCUCGUUUUUUGUCGCAAAUGUUGGUCUUUGAUAUGUUACAGGAACCAGAGUAAAGAAAACUAACGUUAGUAAUAGCUAAAAUUAGAAGCGCACGUAUUGCAAGUCUCCGCCGAGCAUCCAACGGCUUUGCCAGGCCCCGUAGGCAUUUCCGACAACCUUUUUUUGGGUGUCCGUCUGCCCUACGCCUCGUACCGAUCGAUUUUGUGUUGACCCGAACUAUCGUCGACCCGAAAAGUCGGGACGCGCCAUUUUGAACAAUCUUUUUAUAAGACACUAGAAAAAGAAAGAAAUUGAUUUAUUUCGAAUUGCAGACCUUUCCGAUGCCUUCGAUCUGCUGGACAUGGACAAGGACGGGAAUCUCAGCCGUGCUGAAGUCGCCUGCCUUCUCCGCACCAUAAAUGUCGACCCAAACCGAAGCGAACUUAAUUUCAUCUUCCAUGAGAUGGACAGGCAUGGUAUGUGAACAACAACUACCAGGAAUAUGAGCAUGUAAUCUUGUUGUUUGCAGAGACGGGGAAAAUAAACAAACAAGACUUCUUGGAAUACAUGAAAUGCCCGCCAAUUCAUCAAAUCACAGUGGCUGAUUUGGAGAAACAAUUUAAAGAUCAUGACAAGGAUAGCGAUGGCAACAUCACUAAAGGUGAGUUAUACGGAGAAAUUCAAUUUUUGCAUGUUUUUGAAAUUAGCUUUUUUGGACUUGAACUUCCGUUCUUUGCGGUUCGAAACUUUUUGAAUGGCCCAAAAACAGACCGAAUUUAAAAUUUAAAGUUUCUUUAUCGGCUUCUCUUUAUAUCCGGCAUGGAUCUGACGAGGAUGUACGUCAUUCAAAACACUGUGUAGGAAGGGUCCAAAAAGCGGAGAGGAGAUACGUUGGAAGGGAAAAUAAUGAAAUUAAAAUCAGCAAAAAAUUAUUUUAAAAUAUUUUAUUUUAAUCUUUCGGCAAUUCUCGCUAUUUUCAGAUGAACUAGCUGAGAUCCUCCUCCUAACCGCCGACAUUUCCAAUCUUGACAUUGUGGAGUACAUGUUCGAACAGUCGGACAAAGACAACACCGGGAAAAUAUCCUUUGAGCAAUUCAUUGAACUCAUGAAGUCCUCCUAA